AUGUUAAAGCAAAUUCAAGGCGUUCUUGUUCCCCCAAAACUUGUUGUCGUUGACAAGAAGACCAUAGAGAAAUCAUGGAAGAUGAUGGACAAAGUUGUCAAGCUGUGCCAGCAUCCAAAGAUGAACUUGAGGAACAGUCCACCGUUUAUUCUGGACACCCUCCCCGACACUUACCAACAUCUACGAACGAUUUGCUCCAAACAUGAAGACAAGCUGCAGACUUUAAACGAAUGCGAAUAUUUCAGAACGUUUAUAGAAAAUCUGAUGAACAAGUGCAAAAAUACCACUAAACUGUUUAGGGAUGGUAAGGAUAAAAUGUACGACGAGAAUUCACACAGUCGACGGAACUUGACCAAACUGAGUCUUGUCUUCUCUCAUAUGCUGGCCGAACUCAAGGCCAUCUACCCCAGUGGAGUAUUUGCCGGGGAGAAUUUUAGGAUAACUAAAGGUGAUGCUGCUGACUGGUGGAAGAAAUCGUUCGGCGAUAAAAUCAUCAUCCCAUGGAAAGAAUUCAAGAACCGGCUGCAUGAAACACACCCUAUUGGCUCCCCGCUGGAAGCUAUGGCACUGAAAUCAACCAUCGACCUCACUUGCAAUGAUUAUAUUUCAGUAUUUGAAUUUGAUGUUUUCUGUAGAUUGUUCCAGCCAUGGGUUAACCUGUUACGUAACUGGAACGUAUUGGCAGUUGCUCACCCUGGUUACGUGGCUUUUCUCACGUAUGAUGAGGUGAAGGCUCGCCUGCAGAAGUACAUCAACAAACCAGGAAGCUAUGUCUUCCGGUUGAGCUGUACCAGACUUGGUCAGUGGGCUAUCGGCUACGUCACCACAGAUGGCCAGAUACUUCAGACCAUCCCACAAAACAAGUCAUUAUGCCAGGCAUUACUCGACGGACAGAGAGAGGGAUUCUUCCUUUACCCAGAUGGAAGAAACAUCAACCCAGAUUUGGGUUACCUUGUCGCUGACUGUGAGGAGGAUCAUAUACGAGUUACACAAGAGCAGUAUGAGCUGUACUGCGAGAUGGGCUCUACAUUUCAGCAGUGUAAAAUAUGUGCAGAGAAUGAUAAGGACAUCAGGCUGGAGCCCUGCGGACAUUUGCUGUGUACUCCGUGCCUCAUACAGUGGCAGGAUUCAGACGGCCAGGGGUGUCCUUGGUGCCGAUGUGAAAUCAAAGGGACAGAACAGGUCAUCGUGGACCCAUUUGAUGAAAGCAAGGUGACCAAAGCUUCUGCUGCCAAAUCACCCACGCAGGAUAUUGAUGAGGAGGAG